AUGCAGAUCAAGGCUUUUAUCACUUCGUUCCUCUGCCUGGCUGCAGCCCAGUUCGCUGCCGCAGAUGUGACUACUACCUCCACUUCGACCUUGACUGUCACGAAGACGCUGGUUCGCGUCCACUCGGUCACUUCCACCCCCAGUGUCAGCGCCAGUGCCAGCUUCGUUCCCAGCUCUAGCAUGGCCAAGGUGACCUCGACACCUCUUGUUGCCUCAUCUACCAAGACCGCUGCCGCUACCUCCGCCAUCCACACUGGUGGUGCUAUCAAUGUCGCAGCUGGCAUCCCGGCCGCUAUGGUUGCUGGAUCCUUUGCGCUGAUUAUGGGCGCGGCCCUAUAA